GUUUUUGGAGAAGGGCUGUUUGUACAGCGACAUGAGGCCAAUUUUCUGCGGGAACCUUGAAUAUGAUGCCCGCCAGUCUGAAAUCGAGCGUCUUUUCGGCAAAUAUGGAAGAGUGGAGCGAGUUGACAUGAAGACAGGAAUAUCAUGAAGCAUCUGUGCUCAUCCUGGUUGAUGGACUGGGCUCUACCUUUCCUGCCUGAGCCCCUGCCCCCUGUCCAUUUCCAGGAGCUCACAGUCCACCAUGACAUCUGUCACUUGGAAACGACCACCUUGUGACUGAUGUCUUACUUUUACAUCAAUGUUGCACCCUCCUCCCCCGCCCGGUUACACUCUCCCACGUCGAUCCAACCAUGCCAAUCUCAUGGCCGGCUGGAGAAGAGUAGAGGUUCCACCGGCAGCACCACCACCUCUUUUGGUGUACCACGAACGUUCGGGUUAUCAUACUCUGACAUCAUUUAGUGCAACAUACAAAAGGAUUUGCGUUUGUCUACAUGGAAGAUGAACGUGAUGCUGAAGAUGCUAUCCAUAGACUUGACAGAACUGACUUUGGUAGAAAAGCGAGGAGACUGAGAGUCGAAUGGACAAAGGAGGAUCGCAGUGGUGGUCGGAAAGGAAAUGGGAAGAGAUCUCCAAGCAGCGCGAAACCAACCAAAACCUUGUUUGUGAUUAACUUUGAUCCGAUCAACACAAGGACAAGAGAUCUGGAGAAGCACUUUGAUCUGUAUGGCAAGAUUGUAAAUAUCAGAAUCAGAAGGAACUUUGCAUUUGUCCAGUAUGAAACACAGGAGGAUGCUACUAAAGCUCUGGACGGUACCAAUGGAAGCACUGUGAUGGACAGGGUCAUCUCUGUUGAGUAUGCACUUCGUGACGAUGAUGAAAAAAGGAACGGGUACAGUCCAGACAGGAGAGGAGGCCGUGAUAGAUCUCCUGACAGAAGGGACAACCGUGGUAGGUCGGCAAGUCCUUAUGGCAGAGGGCGAGAAAGGGGCAGCCCAGACUAUGGCAGGGGCAGGGAGAGGGGCAGCCCGGACUAUGGCAAGGGUGGUGCCAGAGAUAGCCCUGACUAUGUCCGUGGUGGAAGCCCAUACGGCGGCAAAGGGGAUGACAGGGCUAGCCCCAAGUAUGACCGUGAACGCCGUGAAGCCAGUCCUGCCUAUGACAGGCGCCGCAGCCGCUCGCCUGCAAGGUCGCCUGCAAGGGAAGAUAGGGACUGAAGCUGUACCAUGGAUGGUUGCGCUCAACGCCACCUGCUUCGGACCAAAUGGCUGCAUCGUCAUAGUGCGAUGCUCAGCUCAAGUUGGUUAUGUUCAGCAGCCAGAAACUUCUGUAAUAUCUCUAUUAGCUAGCUCUAGCUGAAUGCUUUGUCGAUUUGGUUUGAACUGUGAUGAUUGUUAGCUUAAACUUUGUCCAAAGGGAUUCUUCCAGUGAGACCAUUUGCGGAGCGAUGAGAUGUACCGUGUAUCGACCGACAGCAGAAUUCUAGCUUUGCACUUUGGUUAUUCUUCCAUGUUCCUAUUC